AUGGAUCAGCAACCUAACUCUCGCCACCUAUGUGGUCGGUGCCGCAUCGGACUCCGUUUCCCAGGCAUCGAGAAUCCCGAAUUGCGUCCAGAAACCGUCCUGGAACAAAAUCCUCCUGACGAGGCCGACCCUAAUGUACCAACCCGAUACUACCACUGGCGUGGGCUGCAUAGGCUCAGGUGCAACUUCGUCCUCCGCGACAAGUUGCCGCACACGGCCACUUUGACACUGGGCGUGGACGAGGGUUGUCAUAUUUCGACAAACCCGCCAAGUGAUGACGCAGUGACUGUUAAUCUGGAAUAUCUCUGGGAUUCCCAUCCCGUGAGGAACCAGACCGGUGACCUCGCCACAAGAUGGGUCCUCGAAAUCACGUUCAAGUUCUCUUCACCAGAAAGCUUCGGGUAUUCCACUAAUUAUUAUUGGCCUAUGGUCCGAAAGUCUGGUUGGGAAUGCCAGCCCCGAACCCACGUCACAGUUUAG